AUGGGUCGCGAGGUCUUAAUUCCUUCUCACGCCAAAGCCUUCGAGGCAGGAUCACAUACCAGUCGUGGCACAGUUCCACUUCAAGAAGAAACAUCAUGUUCCCCCGCUGUUCAAGAAAAUGGCCCCUCCCAGUCCGAACCUGUCGCCAUCAUCGGCUUUGCGAUGCGAUUACCUGGCGGCAUACAUAGCAGCGACGAUUUGUGGGAGUUUCUUUCCAGCAAGAAAAGUGCACUAGGCGACGUGCCUGAGAACCGGUUCAACAUCAAUGGCUUCUACGACCCAGCCGGAAGCCCGGGAACGAUUCCCGUAAACAAGGGUUAUUUCUUACAAGACGUCGAGCUCCAGCAGUUUGACACCAAUGUUUUCCCCAUUCCCAGGAUGGAACUAGAGCGUCUUGACCCAGGACAGCGACAGCUACUGCAAGUGGCUUACGAGUGCCUGGAGAACGCAGGUGUGACCUCAUGGCGCGGAAGCAGCAUUGGCUGCUAUAUAGGUGAAUUUGGGGAAGACUGGGCCGACGUAUCUGCGCGGGAGACACAACACAGGGGGGGCUACCGCUGCACUGGAUUAGGAGACUUUGCGUUUGCCAAUAGGGUUUCGUACGAGCUGGACUUACAUGGACCAAGUGUAACUAUCAAGACAGCAUGCUCUUCGUCACUUGUCGGUCUUGAUCUCGCGUGUAGAGCGGUUCAAAACGGACAAUGCGAUAGCGCACUGGUGGGCGGCACCAGUCUCAUUUUUUCACCAACCACAUAUUUGGCUCUCAAGGACCAGGGAGUGCUUUCGCCGAAUGGCCAAUGUCGAAGCUUUGAUGCCGCAGCAGAUGGCUAUGCACGCGGUGAAGCCGUAAAUAUGGUAUUAGUCAAAAGGCUCAGUCACGCCCUGAGAGAUAAUGACCCCAUCCGCGCUAUUAUACGAGGAACGGGUGUUAAUAUCGAUGGAAAAACCAACGGAAUGCUUACUCCCAGUCCUACUGCGCAAGCCGCUUUGAUACGGCAUACAUACAAAGCUGCCGGCAUUAAGGAUUUAUCUCAGACGGCUAUUGUUGAGUGUCAUGGUACCGGGACUCCAGUUGGUGAUCCAAUUGAGACAGAGGCCAUUGCGCAAUGCUUUGGUGACAAGGGAGUUGUCAUUACAUCGGUCAAGCCAAAUCUCGGACAUAGUGAAGCUGCCGCCGGGUUGACAAGUCUCAUCAAGUGUAUUUUGGCACUGGAACAUAAUCAGGUCCUCCCAAACAUCAACUUUGAGAAACCAAAUCCAAAGAUUCCUUUCGAGAAGUGCAAGCUUCAUGUACCAACAGAGGUGGAGUCUUGGCCCAAAGACCGUGCAGAAAGAGUCAGUGUGAACUCUUUCGGGAUAGGGGGUGUCAAUGCUCAUGUUAUUCUCGAAUCACCCCGCCAAUUUGGCAUAGAAGGCAAACUGAACAGUCGCAGACUAGUCAAUAGUGAGCCCAUCAACGGUGUUAACAAGAAUGGAGAUGCCACGAGUGGUAUUCAAAUUGACGGCACUCACACCAAUGGGAAUCAUACCAGCGGGACUCACACCAAUGGGAAUCACACUAAUGGGACUCAUACUAAUGGGGCUCAUACCAAUGGAACCCAUAUCAAUGGAGCUCAUACAAAUGGUACUCAUACAGACGGGACUAAUGUCAAUGGGACCCAUGUCAGCAACAUUCAGCCCAAGAUCAAUGGACACAAGCACGAUCCAAGAAGCGUGUUAUUGUUCUCGGCUCAUGACGCAGACUCACUGGACAACCAGAUUGAUGAGUAUCGGAAAUACACGGAGAGUCACAGCACGUCGCUUUCUGAUUUGGCAUACACUUUAGCGUUCAGGCGAGAACGCAAGCCACAUCGCGCUUACAUAGUGACAGACGACGCGUCCAAUUUGGGAGCUGUCUCUGACAAGCAAGUUGCAGAGGAAACAGCCCCUCGCAUUGCGUGGGUCUUUACCGGCCAGGGAGCACAAUGGCCUGAGAUGGGCGCAGACUUGAUCGACAGCAACGCCACAUUCCGGGCAACAAUUCGGAAGCUGGAUGAAUUUUUGCGGACACUCAAACCACCACUUCCUUGGACAAUUGAGGAUGAACUGCGAAAAGGCAAAGAUACCAGCCGCGUUCAUCGAGCCGAACUGGGCCAUCCAACGUGCGUCGCUUUGCAGAUUGCCCUGGUUGACGUCUUGAGAUCCUGGGGUAUCGUACCAGACUUUGUCCUGGGACACUCAUCAGGCGAAACAGCUGCUGCGUAUGCCAGUGGUGCCCUUACGGCCGAGGCUGCCAUGUACACGGCAACGCGUCGUGGUAUCAGCAACGUGUCAUCUGAGCGAAAAGGAUCCAUGGCUGCUGUGGGACUGGGCAAGGACGAAGUCGAACCCUAUUUGCUGCCUGGUGUGGACAUUGCCUGUGAGAACAGCCAAUGUAGCGUUACCUUGUCCGGAGACACGGAUGGGGUCGAAGCAGUUCUCAAGUCACUUAAAGAGGACAAACCAGAGGCAUUUGCACGCAUGCUCCGAGUUGAGAAAGCAUUCCACUCUCAUCAUAUGCGAGAAUACGGACCUUCGUAUGAAGACCAACUCAAAUCAUUUGUUCACAGUGUUGAGCCCGAGAUACCUUUUUACUCCUCCGUAACAGGCAAACGUCUCACGGGCGAUGGAGAACUUGCGGCAUCGUAUUGGCGUGCAAACAUGGAAAACCCCGUCCUUUUCAAUUCGGCGCUUCGCUCAGCACUUGGAGACGAAACUGGAAAAGUCCUCUUGGUUGAAAUUGGGCCGCAUCCGGCAUUGGCUGGACCAAUUGGUCAAAUCCUCAGGGAUAUUGGUCGAUCGGAUAUCCACAUCGGUACACUUGUCAGAGGCAAAGGCGGUCUUGAGAGCCUUCUACAUGUCGCCGGCAAGCUGUACCAGCAUUCCGCCGAGUUUGACAUCUCGGCCAUUUGCCCGCCAGGUACAGUCGUGAAGGAUCUGCCCCGGUACUCGUGGAAACAGGAUACCAGUCACUGGGGAGAGCCGCGGGUUUCUCGUGACUGGCGGUUCCGAGAACACCCACCCCACGCUCUUCUCGGGAACAGGGUAACAGAGAUGGCGAGCCAAUCAUCAUGGAGGAAAGUUCUAGCCCUCGAAGAUGCGCUUUGGCUGACUGGCCACGAAGUGAACGGCGACGUUGUGUUCCCUGCCGCAGGAUACAUUGCCAUGAUUGGUGAAGCACUCCGGCAAUUGUCUGGGGAGACAACAUACAGCUUGAAAAACAUUCGUAUCGCUUCAGCGAGGGUCCUCGAGAUGGACAAGCCAACGGAACUUGUCACAAGUCUGAAGCCCAUUUCAGACACCUCUGACAGUUCGCCGUGGUAUGAGUUUACCAUCACCUCAUCUGACGGGACCGGAUGGGUCAAGAAUUGUUACGGCCAGGCCAUGGCAUCAGUAGACAAGUCGCUCUAUCUCGACGCUUCCCUCCAACGUACGACUUCAUUCCCACGAAUUGUGGGCGAAAAGGACUGGUAUCAAGUUCUCAGACGGGUGGGCUUCAACUACACGGGAUUGUUUGAGGGAAUGUCAUCCGUUUCGGCCGCUACAACGUCGAGCGAAGCCAAGGCCACGGUGGCAGCGCAGGCUCAGGGGAUGGCUGCUGAUGACGCAAGGUGCGCAACGUACACUUUGCAUCCUGCAGUCAUUGAUCAGUGCUUCCAACUAUUUACCGUCGCCGCUUGUCACGGGCUCCGGCGCAACACGAGCCAACUCGCUGUGCCGACCUUUAUUGAACAAAUGGUGGUCUCUCCCAGCGCCAUAAGUCUAGACGUCACAGCAAGGAUCAACAAACUAGAAGAGUCAGGAUCCUGGACUGGGGAUCUCGUGGCCUGCAGUGAUGCAGGCCCGGUUUUGAGCCUGAAAGGGAUGCGAACCUCUGUUCUCACAAAAGGCCCGACAGAAGACCAAGUUCCCGUCAUUUCGCAACUGGAAUGGAAACCGCACAGUGAUUUCGUCGGCCUCGAAAAUGGUCUGCAUCCACGUGCGCCAAGACUGAGGGAAUGGCCUCUAUUAGAGGAGCUCAUCAUGCUGUGCAGUUUUGACCAUUUGGAACAGGUCAAGCCGACUGAGCAUACUCCGGAGCAUUUGAUCAAGGCCCUCGACUGGAUGAAACUGCACACAGACCAGUAUCAGUCUGGAGCCAAUGUGCUUAUUUCCAGAGACCUGGCCAUCCAAGACAUGACACAGGAACAGCGACUCGCCAGGAUCAAUGCCAUAGUGGCUGAACUCUCAGACUCUCCAGAUGCUGUUUUCUCCACCGCAGUCUACCGCCUGUUUAAGGAGGCACCUGCUCUUUUUUCAGGCGAAGCGCACGCCCUACAUAUCCUUUUGCGAGACAAUGUGCUCAGCGAAUUCUACGAUGCCAUGUCGUUCGACUCGGCCGACGCGAUACGGCUCAUGGCCAACACGAAUCCCCAUCUGAGAGUUCUGGAAAUCGGUGCAGGAACCGGUGGCACUACAGCCAGAGUACUUGAGGCGCUAACAUCAUCCUUUGGGGAGCGCCUUUACAGCCUCUAUUCAUAUACCGAUAUCUCGGCCGGUUUCAUGACGGCGGCCAGGGAGAGGUUCGCCAGCGCGGCAGGCAUUGAAUAUGGUGUCCUAGAUAUCACAAAAGAUCCUGCCAAGCAAGGAUUUGAUCUUGGAACCUAUGACCUAGUCAUCGGAGCUAAUGUCCUCCAUGCUACCCCUUGCCUGAAUACCACCCUUCGCAAUGCGAUUAGUCUGCUUAGCCCCGGUGGCCGCUUGUUUCUUGAAGAGCUCUGCCCUGAUUCCAUGUUCAUGAACUAUGUCAUGGGUUUCCUCUCCGGCUGGUGGCUUGGAGCCGAUGAUGGACGUGUCAAUCAGCCAUGGGUCUCACCGGAACGCUGGACUAAAGAACUGGUCAAUGCAGGGUUCCAGGAGCCUGAAGCCAUUGUACUCGAUUCUGCUGCCCCAUAUCACCUCAAUGCUGGCAUCAUAGCCUCACGGGCGGCCCGGAGAAGUACACCACCCAUGGUGGCCCUGCUCUGCUAUGCUGUUGAUGGGCCUUACGUUGAAGAGAUGCAGCGCAGUCUUGCUGCGUUCGACGUGGCUGUUGAGACCUGCAUCUUUGGCGAGCCUCUACCCGCCUGUGAUACCAUCUCCCUUCUCGAUGUCCAAGAGCCCGCUAUCCACAAUAUGUCCGAAGAGACAUUCGAGACUAUAGUGGGAUACUUUGGACCACACAAGGAAAGGCUCUUCUGGGUAACCCAGGCGUCCCAGGUCAACUGCGAAGACCCCAGGGCGGCAAUGGUGCUCGGUCUCGCCAGAACAGCUCGCAAUGAACAUUCGAGAGACUUGUUCACCAUUGAAAUUGGCAAUAACACGACAACUCCUAUUGCCGCAGAGGGCAUAACGGAUAUCAUGCGCAGAGCUCACAACCCCGAGUUGAAUCCCAAAUCUAUGGAUCCCGACUACGAAUACGCCAUAGAUGAAGGCGAAAUCCUUGUUCCACGACUCCACUGGCAGACAGCGCCUCGUGCAUACGCAGAAACCAACGAAGAGGGGAGCCACGGGGGCAAACUGAAACAGCUGACCAUGACGACACCAGGCCUGCUGCAUACCAUGAUGUGGAGAGACGCUGAAAUCAAAAGCCCCAAGGAUGAUGAGAUUCUUGUCGAGACGAGAGCAGUCGGCCUCAACUUUCGAGAUGUGGUACUCGCCCUUGGAAUAGUUGAAGGCAAUCCCAGCGAGAUGGGUUUUGAAGCCAGCGGCAUCGUUCGAGCGGUAGGCCCGGGGGUUCAGCGCUUCUCUGUCGGCGAUCGCGUCGUUUUUCUGAGCGACGGUUGCUUUGCUACGCACCUUACCUUGCAAGAGUCCCUGUGUGUCAAGCUGGACGACACCAUGAGUUUCAUUGAAGGAGCUACGGUGCCGUGCGUUUACGCUACGGCUCUCAUGGCGUUGAUGAAUACGUCAAAUCUGCGACGAGGACAGUCCAUUCUCAUUCAUGCGGCUUGUGGUGGUGUCGGACUAGCUGCAGUACAAAUAGCACAGCUAAUCGGCGCCGAGGUGUACUGCACCGUGGGGAGCGAAUCAAAGCGAGCGCACCUCUUGGAUAAUUACGGCAUUGACGCAAGUCACGUAUUUACUUCGCGUGACGCAUCGUUCCUACCAGGAGUGAUGCGCGCAACCAACAAUCGCGGCGUUGACGUUGUGCUAAACUCGCUAUCAGGGGAUCUUCUACACGCGUCAUGGAAGUGCGUGGCAGAAUUCGGAAUCAUGGUCGAGAUUGGAAAGCGAGACUUCCAACGACGAGCGCAGCUGGCCAUGGAAACGUUCGAGGCGAACCGGACAUUCGUCGGCCUGGACUUGCGCGGGCUGUCGCUGUCUCGUCCCGAAAGGGCUGUGCAGCUAUUGGAACGCUCUAUCGAGUUGAUCCGCUCAGGCGCUCUCAAGGGCCCAACCAUCUCCCAGGUCUUCCCAGCUGCCAAGAUUCAAGACGCAUACAGGACCAUGCAGACGGCCAAGCACAUUGGCAAGAUAGUCAUUGAGAUGCCAAAGGACCUGCUGGAGCUGACUCAAGAGCAAGAGGACAAGUCAAUGCUUGAGUCUUCCAAGCCGGCGCCAAGUUUCCGUUCAGACCGCAGCUAUCUGCUCGUUGGUGGCUUGGGUGGCUUGGGACGAGCUGUCGCUACAUGGAUGGUCGAACAUGGUGCUCGAAAUCUUGUGUUCCUUUCCCGGUCUGCCCAAGAAGGGCCUGAAUUGCAAAGUUUCCUGGAGGAUCUACGGUCUCAGGGCUGCAAGGUACUGUUGGUUGCGGGCAGUGUGAGCAGCAUGGAUGAUGUACAAAGUGCUGUUGACAAGGCUACUGCCAUCCAGCCCGUGGCGGGAGUCAUAAAUCUGUCCAUGGUCUUGAGGGAUGCCGGGCUUUCUGAGAUGACUUUUUCAGACUGGACCACAGCCGUGGAGCCCAAGGUCAAGGGGACAUGGAAUCUACAUGAUGCCACUGCGUCGUCCCCCUUGGACUUUUUCCUAUUAUUCUCAUCCCAGAGUGGUUUGAUAGGCCUCUGGGGUCAAGCCAACUACGCAGCAGCCAAUACCUUCCUUGACGCUUUUGUUCAAUACCGGCACCGAAAUGGUCUUGCGGCUUCCGUCAUUGACGUUGGUCUCAUGGGAGAUGUGGGCUAUGUCGCCGGCAAUCAGGACAUACUGCAGAGCCUGGAGAGGACGGGGAUGUACGUAUUGCAAGAACAGCAUCUGCUCGACGCAAUCACCCUAGCUCUCAAGAGAUCCCACCCCCCGCAGGUAUCUACUGGAAAGAAUACCCAUCGAAGCGUCGGACAGGUGGUACUUGGGCUCAACAUUACCAAGCCGAUAUCCUCUCCCACAACUCGAGUUUCCUGGAAGCGUGACGCCCGCAUGAGUAUCUACCACAACUUGGAACAAUCCGCCGAGACGUCCAACAGCAGCAGCACGCCCGGAAGUAAACCAUUGAAGAGUCUCCUCGAACCCGGGCAGUCCGAAGAUGAAAGGACAGGCAUCAUUGCCAAGGCACUUGCUGGAGCGCUUGCCAAUUUCCUGAUCAAAGAUGAGGACAGCUUUGCUCUUGACCGACCCCUGGAAAGUCUUGGCAUGGACUCAUUAGUUGCCAUGGAGGUGCGCAACUGGAUCCGACAGCAGAUUGGUGUCGAGACCAGCACCUUUACUAUUGUCCAGAGCCCGUCCUUGACGCACCUGGGGAAUCAUCUCAGACAGGCCUUGGACAAUGAAAGCAAGGAAUGA